AUGGCUCGUGUAAAAGACGGACGAAGAGUUUAUGAGUCAACAAGUACUGAAGCUAAGACUAAGACAGAUGCAACUUCGGAGACUGAUGUUGGAGAAGAAACAGAAGCUGAGAAAGAAAAAAGUUUGAGUUCAUGUGAAGAAGCUGGUCAGGAUUUAGAUGAUAAUGCUGAUGGAGAAGAGGAUGGUGAGGAGGAUAGUGAGGAUGGUGAGGAUGGUGAGGAUGGUGAGGAGGAUGGUGAGGAUGGUGAGGAGGAUGGUGAGGAUGGUGAGGAGGAUGGUGAGGAUGGUGAGGAGGAUAUUGAGGAAUCUGGGGAGGAAGAGGUUGAGGAAUCUGGUGAGGAAGAGGAUGAAGAGGAUGAAGAAUCUGGUGCGAAAGAGGAUGAGGAAUCUGGUGAGGGCAGUGAUAAGGAUGAGGAUGAAGCUAGUGAUGAGGAUGAUGAUUCCCAUGCAUUGCCUCCGGAGAAGAUGUACUUUGGUCCAAGUGAGUACAUGAAAAGCUGUAAGAUAGGAACUAGGUGUAGUGUGACGCAGACAGUGGAGUACAUAGAGACGUUUGAGACAGAAGUCAGUUGGUUUAGGAAACAUCCUCAGUUCAAGCACAUAUUUCACAUGCCUAAGGAGCCAAACCACAUGACUCAAGGCAUGUGGAUGCUUUUGCUGAGGACAGCAUGUACAGAGAUGGUUAGAGAGGCUUGGUUUGUGGUAAAUGGAGUGCCCAUUAGGUAUUCGUUGAGAGAACACGCACUUUUAACCGGGUUGCACUGCCAUGAGUAUCCCAAAAACUGGAAGAAGUUGGGUGAUCUAAAGUUUGUAAAGAGGAUCUUUAAAAGGGAUGGAAAAAUUAGAAUAAAAGAUGUGGAAGAGAAGCUGAAGGGAAUGAGGAAGGGGAAUAUAGACACAAAGAAGUUGAUUGUGCUAUAUUUCUUAUGCAAGGUGUUGAAAGCAGAUUCUAAGGGUGAUGGCUACAUUGAGGAAUUUCUGCUUAGUGUUGUAGACGAUUUGAAUGCUUGUGAGAGAUUUCCUUGGGGGCGUUACUCUUUUGAGUAG